UAUAUCCGGGAAUCUUGGGCGACAAACCCACCGACAAAAUGGCGGCCCGGAAUUGAAACCCCCCCUCAAAAAUUAAGGGGGGGGAUAGAAAUUGAGGGGGGAGGGGACGUAGAGCCGGAACGUUUUAUGGUAAACUGUGUAGCUGUCGCUGAGAAUCCCCGUGGUCGUCACCUUCCUUCUGUUUGCUGGGCUUGAGGCGCUGUCACCGCCGCCUUUCCCCCAGGCAGUCCAACUGACUCUGGGUGAUUUUCAGUGCAGACUUGAAUGGAUGUAUGUACUACUGGAAUCAAGAUCAACUGUGUUUUGAGAUUGCCAUCCAACUGAUUAAAGUGUUAAGCAUAUUGAAAAUCUUGGUUAAAAGUUAUACGAGUUCAUGAAGAGAAGCGAGAAACCAGAGGGAUAUAGACAAAUGAGGCCUAAAACAUUUCCUGCCAGUAAUUACACUAGCAGCAGCCGGCAGAUGUUACAAGAAAUACGAGAGAGCCUUAGAAAUUUGCCGAAGCCUUCGGAUGCUGCAAAAGUUGAACAAAAUAUGGGUAAAAUUCCAACUGAAGAUCCCAGGCAAGGUCGAAAUCCCCCCAAGUUUGUUACCUACCAUAAAGCUUUGCAAGAAAUUAGAAAUUCUCUACUUCCUUUUGCAAAUGAAACAAGUUCAACCAGAGGAACCUCAGAAGUUAAUCGUCAGAUGUUGCAAGAUCUUCAAGCUGCUGGAUUUGAUGAGGAUAUGGUUGUGCAAGCUCUAAGACAAACCAAUAGCCGCAGCAUAGAAGCAGCCAUUGAAUUUAUAAGUAAAAUGAGUUAUCAAGAUUCUCGUCGAGAACAAAUGGCAGCAGCUGCAUCUAGACCCCUUACAGCUGGCCCCAAGCCCCCAGCAGGAGGAGCAGUACAGCAGUCAGUUAUCCGUAGACAGAGCUGGAAAGGUUCUAAAGAAUCUUUGGUACCCCAGAGACAUGCUUCUGCACUGGGAGAUGGCCUUACUUUCCAUUCAGAAAGCCCUAUUUCUCAGGGUGAAGUAGGAAGACCAUUAUCUGGAUCUGGAAUAGCUGCAUUUGCUCAGGCUCAUCCUGGUAAUGGACAAAGAGUGAACCCACCACCUCCACCUCAAGUCAGAAGUGUUACUCCACCCCCUCCCCCUCCCAGAGGAACACCUCCUCCUUCCUGGGAAGCAAAUUCUCAAACAAAACGGUAUUCGGGGAACAUGGAAUAUAUGAUAUCUCGUAUUUCUCCGGUGCCUCCAGGAUCAUGGCAGGAUGGUUAUCCUCCCCAGACUAUGAAUUCUUCAUCUAUGAAUCCUUCUGUGCAAGGACAAAGAGGUAUGAGUUCCGUUCCUGUUGGUAGACAACCAAUAAUCAUGCAAAGUUCAGUUAAUAGCAAAUUUAGUUUUUCAUCGGGAAGGAGUGGAAUACAAAACGGCAAUUGUCAGACUGAAUAUAUUAUUCAUCAAAAUAUUGUGCCUGGUAACUCAGCAAGUCGCCAACCACCUCCUCCUUAUCCAAUAUCUCCAACAAGCCGACAAAGUCCUACACUUUUGCAGAUGCAAACAGGAGGUCCUGCUCCCCUUUCAGCAUAUCCUAAUGGGAAUAUUUCUCAAUCUAUGAUGGUGCCAAACAGAAACAGCCAUAAUAUGGAUUUAUAUAAUAUAAAUGUUCCGGGAAUUCCAACAACCUGGUCACAAUCAUCCUCUGGAAAUGGACAUGACAUCCCAGUAUGGCAAUCCAAUAUUCCAGUAAGGUCAAAUUCUUUCAAUAAUCAUGCUGGAAACAGACAAAACCAUGCUGCAAAUUCACAAUCUUCUGCUACAACAGUUACAGCCGUUACUCCAGCUCCUAUACAGCAGCCAGUAAAAAGUAUGCGUGUAUUAAAACCAGAACUGCAAACUGCCUUAGCUCCUACUCACCCUUCUUGGAUUUCGCAACCAAUGCAAACAGUCCAGCCCGCCUCCUUUUCUGAGGGACCAUGUACAGUUGUGCCAGUUAUUUCACCUGCAGCAGAAGGUGGAAAUUAUCAAGGACCACCCCCUCCUUAUCCAAAGCAUUUAUUACAUCCAAAUCUAUCUGCCACCCCAUAUGAAGCUAUAACAAAGCCUGGAAAAGAAGAUCAGCCUGGGUUUCCUAAAGAAGAGGAUGCUGAAAAGAAUGAAAACAGUGAGACAAUCGAUAGAGAAAAGAAGCAGAUAACAACUUCCCCUGUUCCUGUCAGGAAGAAUAAAAGAGAUGAAGAACGGAGGGAAUCCCGCAUUCAAAUCUAUUCUCCUCAAGCCUUUAAAUUCUUUAUGGAGCAGCAUGUUGAAAAUAUACUCAAGUCUCAUCAACAACGACUGCAUCGUAAGAAACAGCUUGAAAAUGAAAUGAUGAGGGUUGGGUUAUCCCAAGAGGCCCAAGAUCAAAUGAGGAAAAUGCUAUGCCAAAAGGAGUCCAACUACAUCCGUCUCAAAAGAGCUAAAAUGGAUAAAUCAAUGUUUGUUAAAAUUAAGACUCUUGGAAUUGGGGCAUUUGGAGAAGUCUGUUUGGCAAGAAAGGUAGAUACAAAUGCCUUAUAUGCAAAAAAAACUCUUCGAAAAAAGGAUGUACUACUUCGAAACCAGGUUGCUCAUGUUAAAGCUGAACGGGAUAUUCUUGCGGAGGCUGAUAAUGAAUGGGUAGUUCGUCUGUACUAUUCGUUCCAAGAUAAGGACAAUUUAUACUUUAUAAUGGACUAUAUUCCAGGAGGAGACAUGAUGAGCUUGUUAAUUCGAAUGGGAGUCUUUCCGGAAAAUAUGGCCCGAUUCUACAUAGCAGAACUGACCUGUGCUGUUGAAAGUGUUCAUAAGAUGGGCUUCAUUCAUAGAGACAUAAAACCUGAUAACAUUUUGAUUGAUCGUGACGGCCAUAUCAAAUUGACAGACUUUGGACUUUGUACUGGCUUUCGGUGGACACACGAUUCCAAAUACUAUCAGAGUGGUGACCAUCCCCGUCAGGACAGCAUGGAUUUCAGUAAUGAAUGGGGAGAUCCAGCAAGCUGUAGAUGCGGAGAUAGACUAAAGCCUCUUGAACGUAGAGCAGCACGUCAACAUCAACGCUGUCUAGCUCAUUCACUUGUUGGGACACCAAAUUACAUUGCACCAGAAGUAUUAUUACGGACAGGAUAUACACAACUAUGUGACUGGUGGAGUGUUGGGGUGAUUCUUUUUGAAAUGCUAGUAGGUCAACCUCCCUUCUUAGCACAAACACCAUUGGAAACACAAAUGAAGGUUAUCAAUUGGAAAACAUCACUGCACAUCCCACUACAAGCAAAACUAACUCCAGAGGCAUCAGAUCUUAUUAUUAAGCUCUGCCGAGGACCAGAUGAUCGCUUAGGCAAGAAUGGCACAGAUGAAAUAAAAGCACACCCAUUUUUUAAAUCUAUUGAUUUUUCAAGUGAUCUACGGCAGCAACCUGCUUUUUAUAUUCCCAAAAUUACACAUCCCACUGAUACAUCAAAUUUUGAUCCAAUUGAUCCAGAUAAAUUAUGGAGUGAAGAUAAAGAGGGGAAUGUAAAUGACACACUUAAUGGGUGGUAUAAAAAUGGUAAACAUCCUGAGCAUGCUUUUUAUGAAUUCACGUUUCGAAGGUUUUUUGAUGACAAUGGGUAUCCAUAUAGCUAUCCAAAGCCUAUUGAAUAUGAAUACACUAAUUCUUGUAGAUUAGAAUCGCAGUCUGAUGAAGAUGAUGAGAGGUCCAGUAGAGAGGUCCAAAAUCGUGAUCUAGUUUACAUUUAAUAGAGAAAAUAAACCGUGUUUCUGAAUUUCUCAAAUCAUGUGGGGGGAAAAACUGAGAUGCUGUUUGAAAGCUGACUUUUGUACCCUCUUGGAUUGGGGAAUGGUAAUUAUUCCCAUUUUUUCACAUUAAGUUUUUCUCAUAACUAGCCCUUUUUCAUCUUUAAUUUAUUUCAUUAUUGUUAGUGCUUAAUAUAGAAAGUAGUAAUAUUAGGAAAAAUAAAUUAUAAAUUUAAGCUUUUUGUAAACAGAAAAUAGAUUUCUUUUAGGAAAUGAGAUGCCUAUUUUUUUUUUAUAAACCACAACCAUUAUUUUCUUCCAGACUUUUGCAGUCAUUGCCUAUCUUGCGUUAGCUAAUUCUUAGUAAACUCACAGACACUAUGUCUAGUUAGACAUAUUAUCAAUCAAAUACAAUAUAUAUAAAGCAAAGUAUAAGGUCAUUAGUUAUUAUGAGCUCUGGCGAAGAACAAAGCUGCAAUCUAACAUUCAUGAAAUGAUUAAGUCCAUUAAAAAUAGUAUCUUUAUUAAAUAAAAAAAAGAUUGCAUUUCAAACUAUCUGUAUUCUUACAAUAAACAAAGUUUAUAUCGGGUUUGUAAUUAUUUUCAGUUUUGCAUAACAGAUUGUAAUUGGUGAUCCUAUGCAGCAACUCAGUGUCGGCUGUUGAUAGCUUACAGAGACAGUUUAUCACAAAAUUAAUGUUAGAAGUUUGAUUUUAGUUUUUUGUAAUUCUUAUCCUGCAAAUUUUGACAAAAAAAUUAAAAAUGUUUGAACCCCCAUGAUAUCUAAUUGCAAAAUCUGUUUUAAUAACUUUAUUUUGCACGGUCUAGCAUUCCCAAGUUACCAGGUUGGAAUAAAUCCAGUCCAUGAUUAACAAGGAUUAAAUAUAAUUUACAUUAUUGCUCUAUUCUGAAUCAACACUCUGAAAUUAAAGAAAAAAAGCUGCAUCUUUUGCUAUUGCAGCUUUUUUUCCUUCUCCUGGCAAUACAAAAUAUUUUUUUAAUCUACAGAUAAAUACCAUAGCACUGUGUAAAUAUUUCAAGCUCCCUGUGCUAGUACUGUAUUCCUGUAUCUGAAGAAUCUCCAAGCACCACAUUUUGUGCUUUCUAAUGUCAUACAUUAAAAUAUGUAUGUACUGGGUCUUUUUUUAAAUAAAAAAAUUAGAAAAUAGUUCUCUCUUUUUCCAGCCAGUUAUUUAUUGUUUAUUAUAUUUAAGCUGAAUAUUUCAUUUAAAAGAAGAGUAGUUAACAAGUAACUACUCAAUAACGUUUUAUCUGGCCUGUUUUUCAGGCCAAACACAUUUAGUUUCAGCAAUAGUACAACUUGUCUUUUUGCAGCAAUGUCUGUUACUUACCUUUGAUUCUCUUUUGAGCAGAUCUAUUAAAACUUCAUUAGAGUUUAGACAAAUGGAAAAGGCCCAUCUUCUGAAAAUGUUUUCUAACAUAUAUACUGUUUCAAUUCCGAUCCACACUUCAGCCUUGUACUUCUUA